AUGGGGAUUAUACUUGCGAAACUGUGGCGCAAGCUUACCAACAAAGAGGAAGUAAAAAUUGUGCUCGUUGGGUUGGAUAAUGCGGGAAAAACUACCGUUUUAUAUAAAUUGUUAUUGAAUGAAGUAGUUGUUACAACACCUACUAUAGGAAGCAACGUGGAGGAUCUUGGAGGUCAAGACUCGUUACGCACAACAUGGAAAACAUAUUAUAUAAAAACAAAAGCUGUCAUCAUGGUCAUUGAUAGCACAGAUAGGGAUCGAUUACAUAUAUCUAGGGUAGAAUUACAUACAAUGAUGGAAGAUGAGAAUCUUAAAAAUGCUGUAUUACUUGUAUUUGCCAACAAACAAGACAUGAAAGGUGCAUUAACAGCAGCACAAAUUUCCGAGGCAUUGAAUUUGACAAGUAUGCGGGAUAGACAAUGGCAUAUCCAGGCUUGCUGUGCAUUGACCGGUGAAGGAUUAUUUGAAGGGCUGGAUUGGAUUGUUAGUCAAAUAGCUAGUUCCUAG